ACUUGCGUAUGUGACAGGUGUGUUUAGUGGAAUUAUAGUCGUAAAAAUCCUGUUUAUAACCUGCGUAUUAUACGCAAAUACAAAUAAUUUAUAUAAGUUUUUUAUAUAGUGUUUUAACAUUUUCAGUUUUCCAAGUAUUCAUAAUUUGUGCCUUAGUGUUUCGAAAUUGUGACAAGUUUUCUGUUUGUGGUUUACUGUCCUUGAGGCGGAGGCUUUGACGCUAGUUCUGUCUUCGUUUUCAUACGCGACUGGCAAGAGUCGAAGGUGCCGGCGGCUGUGAUGAUGGCACCGAGUGUUUUCCAAAGAACCAAAUCACCGAGAUCUUCGCCAGGAAAUGUACCACGAAAACUUCAGAAUGGCAAGGGAAGUAGCAAAGUGAGUCAAGCCAGCCAAGCAGAGAACACAGCUGACUCCAGCCCGGGCAACUCAAUUUCCGACGCAGAGAACUUCGAAUGCUAUGGAGAAGCUGAUGGAGACACAUCUAGCAAUGCAUUAGAAAAUGGAACCCGAAGUCCUGGGAAUAAUCUCAAUCGACAUUCAUGGACGAGAACUAGCUUACGACGGACUCCUCCAAGUCAUCAAGAAAACCUGCCACAUCGCAGAUGGGGAUCCAUGAGGCAUUCUGGGAAAAGACAAAUCGGUUCCAAUGUCUUAGCAAGCCAAUUGUACCGGUCGUCGUCCUUCAACUCGUCUGGCUGUGGGUCGGGGGGAGAGCCAGCUGACGAUAUGUACUCAGAUGUAUCAUUAGAAGAAGAUGUGCAGGGACUUAACUAUAAGGUACAACUUCUUCAGCAGCAGGUGACGUCACUCGCAGAUACUCAAAGCACCUCAGACGAAAGGUACGCCAGAGCAAAGGCCGACAACGCCGUACUUCAAGCCAGGGUUCACAUGCUCGACGAACAGAUACGCGAGAUUGAAUGCCGUUGCGAGGAGCGUAUUGCAGAGGAACAGAAACGAUGUAGAGACGCGAUAGCUAGAAUCGAGCGUGACAGGGACGCUCAGCUGUCUGCACUCAAUGAUCGACUCUCCGCUGCUGAAGCGGAGGCUUCUGAUCUUAAACAAGAGGUGGGUAGACUCCGUGGCGUAGCCGAAACUCUACGGGCGAACGCUGAAAUAAGCUCGCGUACCGCCCGCGAAGCUCAGGACGCAGCGAGCGAACUGGCUGCUCAGAUGAGUAGUGCCAGAGAUGCCGAGAGACGUGAACGAGAGGCCGCUGAAUCGACGAGAGCGCUCCUCGCCGCCGCUCAGCAGGAACUACGAGCGCUCAAGGCUGCUCCUCCGCCACCACCAGACCCUCGGGUGGAUGAGCUGCAGCAGGAACUCACGCUGCUACGCACCCAGAAUAAAUCUCUCACAGAAGCCCAAGAGGAACUCCAGGCGCAGAUACUAACUCGAGGCGUUGAAGAGGGUCGCAGUCUGUUAGAUGGAGUGAGCGGCCCUCUCGUCGCUACCAAUUCUUUGGCACACGAACUCUCGCAAAUGAGUGACCAUGAGCUCGUUGGUAGCGAUCAGUCUGACAGCAUAGAGUUGGAAAAGUUGCAAAAAGCUUUAAAAGAGCAGCAAGACGUGAACGUACAACUGCGAGACUACAUUGACGGUAUCCUGCUAUCAAUAGUAGAAAAUUAUCCACAGCUCCUCGAAGUCAAGUGUCAGAAACCAGAUUUUAAAUCAUAACGCCGAUAAGUCUUCCAGCAUGGUAGUGCCUUAGAUUUCAAAUAACAUAUGCAUCGCAGAAGUUCAACAUCCUUGAUAAAAUUUAUUGUAUUGUGACAUUCAUUUAUGUUUUAAUGUGAGAACUUUAUUUUCAAUUAUUCACCUUGAUUUCCUAUUUAAAACCUUAUAAUGUUGCAUAGUCAUCGCCUCGUCAUUAGAGACGUGCCUACAUAAUAUAUUGGCGUUACUUGGUUUAAUUAAACUGAACUCGGCUACGAAUAACAAUACUAUGGGAGUGUACCUGUUUAAAAAAUGUCUCUUAACGUAUUAUGUUUCUUCUAAACACUAAGUUUCCUAUAUUCUGAUAGUGUCAAUGUUAACUUUACACUAUAAGCUAUCACAAUUAAAUACAUAAUGUGUGAUAUUUCAAAACAUUAUUAUUUAUUAUUAGGAAUCUUGUUUAAGAGUCAAAAUGUUGUUUUUUUGCAAACAAUACACAUAUAAUUACAUUAUAUGUAUAGUAUUAUUAUUCGUUUUCAACAUCACACUAAGGUUUCAUUGGCUAUUUGACGCCCAUUUUGGUCGUGGAUUUUAUCUUGGCCUAGAACAAUGCAUCCUUUUGCUGCUCAUUGAAACGCAACGCAGCGCGUCGCGCUACAAAAAAAUUAUGUUAUGAAUUUAUUAAAUUGAAUUAAUAUCAAGACAACCAUUGAUAAUUCCGUAUAUUAUUUGUAUGAUCCGUUAAAACUAAUAAAAUGAAGCUGUAAUGUUAUGUAUAAAUUUCAAUAAAUAUUUAUACUUAUUAUUACUGUGAUAUAAGAAUACUAUAAUGAAAUAUUAAAUAUUAUAAUUUCCUUAAUGUUUUAUGACUUUCGGUAGUAAUUCAUGAUUUUUAAAUAAAUUAGAAUUGUUAUAAAAGUAAUUCUUUAUAUAAAUCUUUUAUUUUAUCUUAAUUCCCCAAUCGUUAACUAAUCUUUGUAAUUAAUCGCUACUUAAUUUUCAAUUAAAAAGGCGUUAACAAGUGCCACAAUAUGAAAUAUCAAACAUGUAAAUAUUGUAUAGCAUUAGAGUACAUGCAAUAGCGUAUCGAUAACAUCUCGUAGAAAUGCUUUAUUAGCGCUUUAGUUGUAAAGAAAAUUAUUUUUAUAGUACUAGAUCUGGAGAUACAAGGCCAAGCCGUCCAUAAAGUUUAUUACAUGAUUUUAAUUCAAGACUGUGGUAGACAUUGGUGCAAAUAACUCUUAAACAGAGAGUAAUUCUAAUUGUGAAAUAAAAUAUUUAUUUAUAAUUGAAGCCAUUUCGAAUUGUAUUCCUAAAUUUUAUUUUAUUCAAUAGUAUUUAGAAUUAAUUUGUUAGACGUGUAUUUUAAUAUGUAAAAUAACUUCUAGGCAUUUCUGUACAUUUUGAUAACAUUUGUGAAGUAAUGAAAAUAACCAUAUAUCGAAAUAAAAGAAUUUUAAAUUA